GAUAGUUCACCAGGCAGAGUUCACUCGACUUCAGAGCAAGUGGACAGUAACUUUUUCCUUUUCUCUUUAACUCUCAGCCCUCUUCAUUGCUCUGAUUGCCCCAAUUACUACUCACAGAAUGGAAUAGGUUAAGAGAUCGAGAAUAAGGGUCGGUGUCGUAGAGGAUCGAUCAAACCAGAGCCUUGUUUUCUCUGUGGAGCUGUGGAUUGGCAUGUCUUCCUUCAGCCGUGACAGUGAAAGUGAUCAGUGUGGCUCUACAGAGGACUUGACUGGUGCAGGUGGUCAGCCGGACGGAGCUGAGUCUCCCGCUCAGCCCAGUGGAGCUGUCAUGCUGCCCAAAGGCGACACGGAAUCUCUAGUACUCGUUCGAUCGCAUGGAGAACAGGGACACAUGCCAAGAAAUAUGCAAGCCCCCCACUAUAAAAUGAUGGACUACUCGUAUGAUGAAGACUUGGAUGAGAUGUGUCCGGUGUGUGGAGACAAGGUUUCUGGAUACCAUUACGGGCUCCUCACAUGUGAAAGCUGCAAGGGCUUCUUCAAGCGCACGGUUCAGAACAACAAACGGUACACAUGCAUAGAGAACCAGACAUGUGCCAUCGACAAGACACAAAGAAAACGCUGCCCUUAUUGCCGCUUCCAGAAGUGCCUCACUGUUGGCAUGAAGCUGGAAGCUGUGAGGGCGGACCGCAUGCGUGGCGGCCGCAACAAGUUCGGCCCCAUGUACAAGCGCGACCGGGCCCUCAAGCAGCAGAAGAAAGCGCUGAUCCGCGCCAACGGCCUGAAGAUCGAGUCCAUGACCCAGGUGAUGCAGGCGGUGCCCACCGACCUCACCAUCUCCUCGGCCAUCCAGAACAUCCACCAGGCCGCCUCCAAGGGCCUGCCGCUCAGCCACCACGGCCUCCCGCACCACGCCGCCCUGCCCCACACAGACUACGAUCGCAGCCCCUUCGUGACGUCUCCCAUCAGCAUGGCCAUGCCCCCCCACACUGGUUCCCUCCAGGGCUACCAGGCGGCCUACGGCCACUUCCAGAGCACCCGCACCAUCAAGUCCGAGUACCCGGACCCGUACAGCAGCUCGCCCGAGUCCAUCAUGGGUUACAACCCGUACAUGGACGUGUACCAGACGGGCUCGCCGCCCAGCUUCCCACACCUCAUCGUGGAGCUGCUGAAGUGCGAACCUGACGAGCCCCAGGUGCAGACCAAGAUCCUGGCCUACCUGCAGCAGGAGCAGGCCAGCCGGGGGAAACACGACAAACUCAACACGUUCGGCCUUAUGUGCAAGAUGGCCGACCAGACGCUGUUCUCCAUCGUGGAGUGGGCCCGGAGCAGCAUCUUCUUCCGCGAGCUCAAGGUGGACGACCAAAUGAAGCUCCUCCAGAACUGUUGGAGCGAGCUCCUCAUCCUCGACCACAUUUUCCGUCAGGUGAUGCACGCCAAAGAGGGCUCCAUCCUAUUGGUCACCGGCCAACAGGUGGAUUAUGCUGUAAUUGCCUCCCAAGCCGGAGCUUCUCUAAACAACCUGAUGAGCCACGCUCAGGAGCUGGUGGGCAAGCUGCGCUCCCUGCAGCUGGACCAGAGGGAGUUCGUCUGCCUCAAGUUCCUUGUUCUGUUCAGCUUGGACGUGAAGAACCUGGAGAACUUCCACCUGGUGGAGAGCGUCCAGGAACAAGUGAACGCGGUGCUGCUGGACUACGUCAUGUGCAACUACCCCCAGCAGACAGACAGGUUUGGCCAGCUGCUCCUGCGGCUGCCUGAGAUCCGGGCCAUCAGCCUCCAGGCCGAGGAGUACCUGUACUACAAGCACCUGAACGGAGACGUGCCCUGCAACAACCUGCUCAUCGAGAUGCUACACGCCAAGAGAGCCUGAUGAGACUGCAGAUGGGAUCCUGAUCAUUUGGCUGAAACCGACUCAGAACAGACUCUGUUUUGUUGGUUGAGACCCAAGUCCUUGCCUGCAGAACAGAAACUGACCCAGAACAGACUCCUCCCAUGUUAAAGUUAGACUUAGUGAUUCUGGGGCAGGAGGCAUCCGUUCUUCUCAUUUAUCGUAACGCUCAACCAUCCUCGCACUCACACACAGGCAAAAGAACAUGCAGAAAUGGACACCCACACUUACACAUGCUGUGCACACACAUACGCGUGCGCAUACACACGAACACACACAUACAAAUACAUUUAGGCACUCGCACGCACAUACACACACAAAUAUACACACAUUAAGGCACACACUCACACGUUCAAAUUCAUACAAUAUGCAUAUAUAUUACACACACAUCUCUUCACUCUAAGACAGAUGCUUCUGGAGCUCUGGGUAAAGCUUCCAAAGAUGGAGAGAAACAGCUGAAAUUCUUGAGAACUGUCCAUUCGUCUCAUGGGACAUGGACGAUACCUUUUUGUCUGCUUUGAAUAAAAAUACAAACCAUCAAGGUGAUACAAGGACCAACGGACUGUAACUGAAGGAACAAAACCAAUGAGUAUUGUAAAAACCUCUCCCACUGUUAACCUCUCUACGGUAUGUGGGACGCUAGCGUCCCAUCUGGCCAACAUCCAGUGAGGUUGCAGAAAACUACAAAACCAACAAAAAA